CCCUACUCCACAUACCCUACACUUCCGGGCCUCCACCCUCUUCCCGUCCCUAUUGCCCGUCCGUCCCUCCCUCCCUCCCUCUGUAGUGAGUCAUGAAGUGGUCCCUGUGGAGCCUACUGCUGCUGGUGGUGCGUCUGUGUUCCCCAGGACGAAGUGACUGCCAGGGUGACUGCCUGGCCUGUGGUCUCCUACUACCCCUACCCAACCCCCAGACCCAGCAGCAAACAUUCAACACACUGGUGUGUCUGUUGGAGUGUGAGGGUCACGUCUCUACUGCCCUCACCUGGGAGCUGUGUCAGCGAGCCAUCCUACCGCACUACCUCCUCCCACCAGAUGGCGGUGCUGUGUCUAAGAGAGCAGCAGAGGAGCUGAACCUGGGCCCUGUACACCUGGAGUCUGAUGGACAACUCCUCUACUCUGCAGCCAUGGAGCACUACCAGCAGGACAGAGAAGACCAGGAAGACAGGGCCCUGGAGCAACGUGAUGCCCAGUACGACUCCUCCCCACUGGGCUCGACCGAGGAGGAAGACUCCCUGGCUCUGGAAAACAGGGAGGAGAAGAAGGAGGAAGAGGACAGGAGGAGGAGCAGUCAGGGGGAGGAAGGAGAUGAGGAGGAGGAGGCCACGGUCCAGCUGACCAAGCGUUUCGGGGGCUUCCUGAAAGGUCACCAUGGUUAUAGGAAGUUUAUUGGCGGGCCGGUGGGGCGGCCACUGCAGAAACGCCUAGGAGGGUUCAUCGGGAUCAGGAAGUCGGCCAGGAAGUGGAACAACCAGAAGAGGGUGAGCCAGCUCCUCCGGCAGUACUUGGGGAUGACCAGCAGCAGCAUCCCUGGCCGCGGUGUUGGUCGGUUCAAUAACCCAGGCCAGGGAUUCAGGAGGCUACCCAGCCGGCUGUAGCCUCCCCUUCCCUCCACAACCCCCUGAGGGAGCAGAAUUCUCUUCUCCCCUUCCCUCCACAACCCCCUGGGGGAGCAGAAUUCUCUUCUCCCCUUCCCUCCACAACCCCCUGGGGGAGCAGAAUUCUCUUCUCCCUGUGCCUCCACCCUCCCAAGUACCUCCAUAGAAAUUAUAAUAACUUUAGUUUACCGUUUGUCUACUAUUAUUUCAGUGUUCUAUUCCUAUAGUUACCAACUAUGUCUACAGGGACCGUGAACUCCCUCGUACCUCAUCAGCAUAAUGAAGAAGAGAAACGAUAUGGUCAUUCUGAAACCCAUCCGGUGUUGUGAAGAGAAGUAAGGGACGUUUCCUUCCAACCAAUCAAUGUUUCUCCCACUCUACCGCCCCAGUUAAUGAACUUGCAUCCUGAAAAAUAAAAGUACAAUGUAAUAUUGUGUGUCAGUAUCGUAAA